GUCCCAACCCAACCGUCCCAUCCCACUCCCCGCGCACUACCGGUCUACCGCCGCUUCCACCGCUCUCGGCGGCAUCGCCACGCGCGGUGCCAUCACUCCACUCACUCUCACCGAGCUCGCUCACUAGCCACCAAUGGCGGCUCCUCGCUGCCCGUUCCCCAUCCUCCUCCUGCUCGCGCUGCUGGCGCUGUCGGCGCCGGCGCUGCCGCGCGCCGACGGCGCGGAGGAGGCGAGGAAGACGUACAUCUUCCGCGUGGAACACCGCGCCAAGCCGUCCGUGUUCCCCACCCACGCGCACUGGUACGCCUCCGCGGCCUUCGCCUCGUCCCCUCAGGCCGCCCCGCUCCAGCCGCUCCACGUCUACGGCACCGUCUUCCACGGCUUCUCCGCGUCCGUGCCGCCGUCCCGCGCCGCGGAGCUGCGGCGCCACCCGGCCGUGCUCGCCGCCUUCGAGGACCUGGCGCGGCCGCUGCACACCACCCGGUCGCCGCAGUUCAUGGGCCUCCGCGCGCGGCUCGGGCUCUGGUCCCUCGCCGACUACGGCUCCGACGUCAUCGUCGGGGUGCUCGACACGGGCGUCUGGCCCGAGCGCCGGAGCCUGUCGGACCGGAACCUGCCGCCCAUCCCCGCGCGGUGGCGCGGCGGCUGCGACGCCGGGCCCGGGUUCCCGGCGUCGUCCUGCAACAGGAAGCUCGUCGGCGCGCGCUUCUUCUCGCAGGGCCACGCCGCGCACUACGGCGCAUCGGCCGUGGCGUCCAACGGGUCCGUGGAGUUCAUGUCCCCGCGCGACGCCGACGGGCACGGGACGCACACGGCCACCACCGCCGCGGGCAGCGUCGCGUACGAGGCCAGCAUGGAGGGGUACGCGUCCGGGGUCGCCAAGGGCGUCGCGCCCAAGGCCAGGGUGGCCGCGUACAAGGUGUGCUGGAAGGGGGCAGGCUGCAUGGACUCCGACAUCCUCGCCGGCUUCGACCGCGCCGUGGCCGACGGCGUCGACGUCAUCUCCGUUUCGAUCGGCGGCGGCAGCGGCGUGACGGCGCCGUUCUACCUCGACCCCAUCGCGAUCGGCGCGUACGGCGCCGUCUCCCGGGGAGUCUUCGUGGCCACCUCUGCUGGAAACGAGGGGCCAACUUCCAUGUCCGUGACCAACGUCGCCCCGUGGCUCGCCACCGUGGGCGCCGGCACCAUCGACCGCAAUUUCCCCGCUGAAAUCGUGCUCGGCGACGGCAGACGCUUGUCAGGUGUGUCGCUGUACUCCGGCAAGCCUCUGACCAAUGCAUCGUUGCCGUUGUACUACCCGGGGAGGACAGGCGGGCUGUCCGCUUCGCUGUGCAUGGAGAACUCCAUCGACCCGUCACUGAUCAAAGGCAAGAUCGUCGUGUGCGACCGCGGCAGCAGCCCGCGCGUGGCCAAGGGAAUGGUUGUCAAGGAAGCUGGUGGCGCGGCGAUGGUUCUGACCAACGGAGAGGCCAACGGCGAAGGCCUGGUUGGAGACGCCCAUGUCCUCCCUGCUUGCGCGGUGGGGGAGAAGGAGGGCGACACGCUGAAAGCCUACGCUGCAAACGCCUCCAACCCGACGGCAACAAUUAGCUUCGAGGGCACGGUGGUCGGCGUCAAGCCGGCGCCAGUGGUGGCCUCGUUCUCGGCGCGUGGACCCAACGGGCUCGUCCCGGAAAUCCUCAAGCCGGACUUCAUCGCCCCGGGCGUCAACAUCCUCGCGGCGUGGACGGGCGCCACGGGGCCGACCGGCCUGGAAGCCGAUACCCGCCGCACGGAGUUCAACAUACUGUCGGGGACGUCCAUGGCGUGCCCGCACGCGAGCGGCGCCGCGGCGCUCCUCCGGUCCGCGCACCCCGGGUGGUCGCCGGCGGCGAUACGGUCCGCGAUGAUGACGACGGCUGUCGUGACCGACAACCGCGGCGGGCCCGUGGGCGACGAGGCGGAGCCCGGGCGCGCCGCGACGCCGUUCGACUACGGCGCGGGGCACAUCACGCUGGGCAAGGCACUGGACCCCGGCCUUGUGUACGACGCCGGGGAGGAGGACUACGUCGCGUUCAUGUGCAGCAUCGGGUACGAGCCGAACGAGAUCGAGGUGGUGACGCACAAGCCCGUGUCGUGCCCCGCGGCGGCGGCGGCGGGCUCCGACCUCAACUACCCGUCCAUCUCCGUGGUGCUCCGCGGCGGCAACCAGUCCCGGACGGUGACCCGCACGGCGACGAACGUCGGCGCGCCGGCGUCCGCGACGUACACGGCGCGCGUGCAGAUGGCGGCGGGCAGCGGCGUGUCCGUGUCCGUGAAGCCCGAGAGGCUCGUGUUCUCGCCGGGCGCCAGGAAGCAGAGCUUCGCGGUGACCGUGGCCGCGGCGCCGUCCGCCCCGCCCGCCGCGGCGCCCGUGCACGGGUACCUCGCCUGGUCGGACGGCGGCGGCGGGCACGAGGUGCGGAGCCCCAUCGUGGUGACGUGGCUGCAGCCCAUGUGACCGCCAGGUGGGGCCGCCGCCACGGCUCGUGAAGUGGGCCGGGGGCUGCCGAUAAGGUGGAAGGCAGCAGGCAGGAGUCAAGGCGCAGUGGGCCAGUAACGGUAAAGUCGUGCGGUCGGGGACUGGGCCAUUAAAGUGGGCCGGCGAACGGAACUUUAAUUGGGUGGGGCCCAGGACGCCCGCUCUGGCGCUCUGCUGCAGAAAUUGAUUAACCGCGGGGUAAGCAUGCUGUUAGCCUGCGACACAGUAAAAGCAUGGGGUAUAGUGAGUGACAGUGGUGUGCCAAAGCUAUCGAGUCAGGGUGAUUGUUUUUACCUGCCUGUUCGUUUCCGGAGGCUGCAGUACGUGCCUGCACUGGAGGACAGCGGCAACGGAAAGUAAGGGAGAAACAUGACAAAGCUAAGAAAUACUUGUGCCGUUAGCAUGGGUAUUUCUAUGUGGAUUAUCUGCACUGUACUAGUAGUAAUUUUACUGUCGGAGUAGUCGCGUUCUCUCUCGCUAAACCUAGUCGAAGUUUUGUCUGUUCGUGGAGGAUUUUCGUGUCCUCGUUUAUCUGGUCGUGCA